UCAUACAAUAAAGCAAAGGGGGCCGAGGAGGAGGGUGUGCUUUGGAAAGCAAAAGAAGCGUCUUUUUCCCUUCUUUUGGACUCGCCUCUUCCACUCCUCCUCGAGCAAUUUCAGCAACGCUAAGAGGAUCUAGAUUGCCUCUUGGCUUGUUUGAAUCCACCGAGACCCAAUUUUGAUAUGAAAACUGAUCAUGUAGGGCGGGAGUCAGCCCUGAUUCUUCGUAUUGGAUCCGGAAUUUGCAAGAUUCUCUACGGCCGGCAGAGAGGGGUUUUUACCUGCUAAUCCUGGGAAUUCUGGUUGCUGGAGGAAUUGAGGCCCCCGUGAUUUCUCGGCUGAUUCACUCUUGCUUGGCAGUUUGGAUUGAUCGGUGCCGCAAAAGCUGAAUUGGUCCUGAUUCGUGGAUUAUUUGGGCGAUAGUAACUGUUUCUUGAAGGCCUGGCGAUGGCAGGAGAUGAUUUGAUUGAGCUCAAGUUUAGGCUGUUUGACGGCACCGACAUCGGGCCGAACAAGUACGAUCCUUCGACCACCGUCGCCUCUCUCAAAGAAGCUAUACUUGCUCGAUGGCCCCAGGGUACAGAAAUUGCUCCAAAAACCAUAAAUGAUGUCAAGCUCAUAAAUGCUGGAAAGAUUUUGGAGAACACCUGGACAAUUACUGAGUCUAGGGUACCAGUUUGUGAACUUCCUGGUGGUGUUAUCACUAUGCAUGUUGUAGUGCGGCCUCCCAUGCUUGACAAAAAUAAUGAAAGACCACUUGCUAAAGACCCAAAGACCAACAGAUGUGCUUGCACCAUCCUCUGACAAUUGGCCAUGAUAUGAUGGAAUUUUCCAGUUAGUAACUGUGAAUUUACUGAUUUGUAGCUUCAGUAUUUCACCGUCAUCUGGAGAAGUUUUUCUUCGCCACCGAAUGUGUUCGAACUAAUUGUGCAAGGAUGUUGGUAUUGCAACAUGCAGUUACUCAUGGUUCUGUAUGAGAACUGAACAAUAACAUUUGUUGCUUCUUUGGUGUAUUGUCGAUAGGGUUGAAUGAUUCUUUUAA